CGCAAAUUCAACCGUAGCCAGUUGUAAGGAGUCCGACCACCUCCCCUCCCUGGGCUCGCGCACUCGCCCCUCCUCCAACCCGGUCUCGCUCUCUCCCUCUUUUUUUCUCUCCCUCCUUCCCCGCCCCCUCCCCCGAGAGCCAUGUCCACGGCCAAGGCCCGCCCAAGGGUGGCCACACGCCGUCAGCAGCUCCGGCAGCAGUUUUGCCAGCCACCGCCGCCGGAGCCGGAGACACCAGCCGAUGCGGCACGUGACUCGCGCAUGCCCCCGGAUCGGAUGUCACUGCACGAGCGCAUGGUCCUCCCCUUCUACCUGCUGUGCGAGCAGGUGUACAUCGCCCAUCGGAAUGCGGUGCUGCGUGUGUGGCUGGACUCGCCGCUGCAGCGCAUUCGCAAGCUGUCCGCCUCGCAUGAUGGCCUGACGGUGGACACCGCCGAGGAGUCCAUCCGGGCACAGCUGCCUUCCGGGACUCCCUUCGACCCGGACAUCGCCGACAAUGCCAUCCACUACCUGGAGUUCUAUGGGUUCAUCAACUUCGGGGUGAUGCCGCUGCCGGCGGCACCGGGGCCCCCCUUGUCGGAGGCCGAGAGCGGCUCCUCCUCGCGGCAGCAUUGCUACCCGGUGGUGGUGGUCGGGGGCGGCAUCUCCGGGCUGGCGGCCGCACGGCACCUGACGCAUAAUGGCUUCCGCACGUUGGUGCUGGAAUCGCGCGGGCACCUGGGCGGGCGCAUCGAUUCGCGCAUGCUCAGCGGCAUCCCCGGCACCACGUCGCCCGACUCCGGGCAGCCGAUCUACGGCGCCGACACCGGGGCCAUGAUUGUCACCGGCCUGAAGAAUGGCAACCCGCUGCAGGUCCUUGCCAAGCAGAUGAAUCUCCAGCUCCAUGAGAUCCGUGAUGGAUGCCCCAUUUUCGACGCGUGUGGCAUCCUGCCCGAGGAUCUGGAUGAGGCCGGCCAGCGCGCAUACAAUGAGCUUCUGGACGAGGCCACCCAAAAGCGCGACCCGGCGAAUGACCGGUCCAUCGAGGAGGCCCUCAAUGAUGCCGGCCUGGCGCGCAAGCUCUUCCGACACCCGUCGAUCGGCUGGCACCUGGCCAACCUGGAGUUCGCCAACUCGGCCCCCCUGUCCGAGGUGUCCAUCAACGAGUGGGAUCAAGACGAUGACCACACCUUCGCCGGGCCGCACUGCAUCAUCGUCGGCGGGUAUUCCCAAGUGGUGGAUGGCAUGGCCCAGGGGCUGAAUGUCCUGCUGAAUUGCCCGGUCCGGCGGAUCACCUACCCGGACAGCGGCAAGGGGGGGACCCCCGGCACCGGGACAGGUCAUGGGUCCGAGCCGGCCAACGGAUCGUCGACCGGCUUCAGCCACCCAGCCGCACACAUGGGCAUCAGUGACAUGGGCACCAAGGAGGAAGAGGAGGAGGCCUUCCCCAUCGUGGUGGAGACCGAGGACGGGCGGACCUUCCGCUGUCGGUACCUCAUCAGCGCCCUGCCCCUUGGGGUGCUCAAGUACCGGGCCGUGGAUCCGGGGCUGACCGCGCGGCUGCGGUACUCUCGGCGUUUCCAGGGCCUGGCCAAGGCGGCCCCGGCGACGGCCCUCUUCGACCCGCCAUUGAGCGAGGAGAAGCAGCUGGCCAUUUGCCGACUGGGCUUCGGCGUGUUGAAUAAGGUAAUCAUGGUUUUCGAUCACCGGUUUUGGCCGGGGCACUUGGACAUGUUUGGGGCCUUCCUGUCGGCGCGAUCCGCCGACCGGGGGAAGGCCUUCCUCUUUUGCAGCCUGGAAAAGGCUCUGGGCGGGGCGCCGGUGCUGGUGGCUUUCAUCUCCGGCGAGGCGGCCCAGCAGCUGGAGGCCGACGAGGACGACGCCAUCCUCGGCAUGGUGCUGGACACCCUGCGUGUGACCAUGGCAGAUGUGGAGAUCCCCCGGCCGCGGAGUUUCGUCAUCACGCGCUGGGGCUCAGAUCCCAACUUCCUUGGGUCCUACUCCUCGAUCGCGCCCACCUCUUCGGGUGCGGACUAUGCGACCCUCAGCACGUCGCAUGGUGGCCGGAUUUUCUUCGCCGGCGAAUGCACCUCCGCCGACUAUCCGGCCACCGUGCAUGGGGCCUUCAUUUCCGGCAUGCGGGCCGCCUCCGAGGUGAUGGAGGCCUCGCUGAAGUUCUACUUCAAUCGCCCGCCCGGCAUGGUGGCCAAUUUCGACACACCGAUCAAGUGCCAGUGGCACGGCUGCUCCAUCAGUGUCCCGGGGGAGUAUUACCUGCAUGAUCACAUCCUUUACGCGCACAUGUCGGCCACCGAGCGGAUGCUGUACUACGAGACGAUGGCCAAGGAUUUCUUGCUCGACACGGACCCCAUCGAGGCCGGCAUUCCGGAGGCCAAAGUUCGCGGCCGCGAUGCCAAGGGCAUGGCCCGGUCCUUUGCGCGGGAAAGCCUCAAUGCCAGCACGAAUCCCGCCCUGGUGCCGUCGGGCCGAGUGGUCACGCGCACUGCUGCUGCCGCCGCCGCCGCCGCCGCCGCCGCCGCCGCUGCCAAGGCGACGGUGGUCGUCACGCGGUCCGGAUCCGCGGCCUCCCGGCGGAGCCCCAGCCCAGCUUCCAAUCCCGCGCGGUCGAUAACUUCGCUGCCCCCACGCAGUACGCGACUGACGCGGCAGUCUCGCCCACGAGGGUCCCCCCCGCCGACCCUGUCCCUGGAGUCCCUGUCACGGCGUGUCACUCGUCGUUCGGCCACCCCGGACCCUGUCGCGGCGGCUGCGCCGGUCUCCCGCUCGCCAUCGCCGCCGAGGGCCUCCCCUCCGGUGGCUGACACCGCCCCGACCACCGGGUCGGUCGCUGAUGGAGCCGAGACUGCGGGCGUGGCGCACCCUUCGCCGAUGGCGGAGGACGCCCCGCCCGACGGCGGGACCGGCACCGGCGCCGGCGCUGGCAGCCAGACGGUCGCCAGGAAGGGGGCCCGUGACCCGGCGAUUGCCGGCCCAGCGGCCGCGGCUGUUGCUACCCAUGCACCAUCGGCCCCGGCGUCUGGAGACAUGCAGACUCCGGCGGCCGCCCGCCCAUCGUCUGACGAGCCCACCAGCAGCAGCAGCAGCAGUAGCGGGAGUGGUGCCGAUGCUGCGGCCCCCGCUGCUGAUGCUGCUCCCACUGCCAGCACCUCCACCGACGCCACCACAGCGGCAAUGGCGACACCGGCAGUCCCACACACAAGCGCCGUACACAACCCCGGGGUCCGCUCAUUGAACCUAGAUCCCAACCGGCCCUGGCGCCCGGUCCCCACGAAUGGCGACACUACCUACCCCACGGAGCCGACCAUUCUGCCGGACAACUUCGACCUGGGGCAGCUGGCGGACUUGCCUUCGCUCAUUUGGGCCCCUUGCGUGUAUGCCAAGGAUGCGCCCCUGUCGGCCGGGGAGGAGGAGCUAUUGCGGCUGAAUUCUCGCCUGACAAAGGUCCUCUAUCAGGAGCUGCGCUUUCUCAUUUCCCAUGGCCUGAUCAACAUCCUCAGCCAGCCGGUGGCCCGGCUGAAGCUGUGCGCCUGGUUCCAGCGAUAUAUCAGCCACCACCCGUCCAGCGAGCCUGGGUAUGAUCGGAGGAACUUGUUGGGUGUGUGCAACAUCAUGAUGAAGAACGGCCUCCUCUUCCUGGUCCAGCGCCUGCCGGUCAGCGGCACGUAUGUGUUCGACUUGGGCAACACCCUCUAGACCCUCGGGCUCCGGUGGUGCCGUUGGCCCUCCCCCCCCCC